CGUUGCGGUCGUGCCGUUCUAAGUGAUUGCGGACGGCGGCAGCUCUAAGAACAAAAAAAAAAACAACAACAACAAAAAUCGCCCCAGAAAAAGGAGCAUAACAAUACACAAACACUUUGACCAAGAAAAAGUGGAGUCCAUACGCACACUAACUCUCGCAAAUGCAUGUGAAGCAUUGUGGGAAUAGAUGCGUGUGUGUGAGUGUGGUAAAUAGACCUAAUACAGGUGUGCGUUGUGUUUAGCACAAAAAGGCGCAUUUUUUUAAUUUUUUCAUAAGUGGAGUGAGCGCAUAGUACUCGUGGACACUACCACAAACUAGUGGAGUAGUGAGUAUGUACUAAGUGCUAAGGAAAAUGCAAAAAAUGUCCGCGAACUGUAAAGCGUGGAAAAAUGGGAAAUGAUUAUUAACGAAACGAACCAAAAGAUUAAGGAAGUAGUAAUUUGUUGUGCUGAAAAAUUGCGCUAGACACAAUGGACACACAAGUGUAUAUAUGUACAUAUGUAAGUGGCUUGCGGGGAACGAAGUGAAAGAAUGAUAAAUCUCAGCGAUUAUUUAAACGCUAACCAAGCAGAUUAGAAGCAAGCAAAAAGCGAGUGAAACAAUCACACAUUGCAAACAAAAACAAAAGAAUACAGACACAAAAAAGCUGUGGGAGUAGGAAAGAGUGUCACUAACGGAAAUGACUGCUCUGGAAGAUGUGUAAACAAUAGUGUCAGUUGAAAAAAAAAACAACAACAACAACCGGGGUAGCAGUCAUAUAGCGUCUGUAUAUGGAAACCAAUGUACAGAUUAAAUUAUUAAAUGAUUAAAUGUUUGUUUUGCAACUUUUUGAUUGAUAUUCUUGCACAAUAAGAGAUUGGGGAUGAAACACCUAAAUAAAAAGGAUUUAAGAUCUAAAUAUGCAGAAACAAGAAAAAAGACGCGAACUGCGUCUGAAAAGAUUUUGGCGUACACCCAAAACAACAUCAUCCGAAGAUUCGACUGGCUAUGAAAGCCCCACGCGUACCACGAAACCCGGCAGCGAUGCACAGCGCUUCAAUCAUCUGCAUUAUACCAGCUUAGCGCAAAGCGCACCGGGCGGGCAUGAGAAUGGCAGCACCUACAACAAACCGACAUGUUCGCUACCGCUAUUGCAAGUGUGGCCCAGUCAGGACUCACCGCGCGGCGAGGCGGACGGCCAGUCCUUCAUUUUCCCUGUCAUUGCCGAGACGAGUACGAGCAGCAGCAGCGGCGCUGGCAGCAGCAGUACGACUGGGGACAGCGCCGGCGCGAGCAGUUCCACAACCACUACCACCACCAGCGGACGGCGUCGCAGCUCGCUUUACUGUGAUACUUUGCAUGCCGGCGACUCAGGCAUCGAUUCGGUGCAAGCGUCGCCCUCGCCCAACGCACUGCCGCCGCCACCACCAGGUUGUUCGCUGCUCAGCGGCGACGGCUGCCUAGGUUUAGGCAGCAACUCCUGCAAUGUUUCGCCCGCCACUACCCCUACGCAAGGUUCACCCAAUCUCUCGCUGGGUGGCGCACGCGCUGGUGCACGCGCCAGCAUCAGCGUUGGCGCGGCGAACUAUCGACGCAAGUCAAGCGCACUACUACAUCCCGAUCAUGCGCGUUUAUUUGCGUUGCGCAUGAAACAUGCCGCCGCUCUGGAACGCGCACAAACCUCACCCGAUCAAACAUCCAUCGAAGAUGCUACAGAGUUCCACGAUAAUGGGCUGGCGACAAAUUUGCGUCUUUGCUCUGCGUCCUCGUCGACGACGUCGUCGCUGACCUCUGUCGCAGCGGUUAGCUUAGGCGGCGGAGCGGUGGGAGCAAUCAGUGGCGGAGCCGCUGGCUCCUCCUCAUCCUCCGCCGCUGCUGUGGCAGCAUGUCUGGCUGCCGGCGCUGGUACGGGUUCACAGCAGCGCGUCUCCGACCCAUGGCUGCAGCCGCAAUCGGAUCGUGAGCGUGAUUCGCGCUACGAACGGCGCCGUUCCUCCACAAUGACGGCGCGUUACUCACUCUUCGAUGCGCUGGAUCUCGAAUAUGUGUUGUUGCGUGCAGCGGCGCGUGGUUCAGUGGGACCCUAUUCGCUGAGUGAAUCUAUACAUAAACUGACAUUUACUCAAUCGCUUGCGUUUCCGGCACUCGCGCGCGGUCUUGCCACAAAACGAAGACGCUCGCAUACGCGUACAAGUUCGCGGCCAUUAAAUCCAAACGAGUCGGGCUUGAAUACGUGUGCGAAAGUUGUGACAGCAGUCAUAUUGGUGGGCAUUUCGUUUAUGGUGUUUCUGAUUGUGUACAAAUUUGUGCGGACGUGAGGUUUACUCCUGGCCCCGACAGACUUUCCCGUCACAUAUCAACAAACGAACGGGAAUGUGAAUAUGUACGCAUUCUCUACGGGAAAUACUAGUGCCAGUAGAACGCUGUCGGGGUUCAGGAGAGUAUUGGGUCUGAAAGACCGGGAUUGAAAGCACAUGAGUGAAGAAUCAACGCGGGUGUAAGAAAGCAAAUGAUAAGCUCGCAAUAAUUUUAGAAAACUAUAGGAAUAAAAAUUGUGAUAAAAAAGUGUGCAAUGCUGUAAAAAACAAACCGACACAAUACUGCUUCAAUGCAUAGUAAUGCUGGAAUCACGCCAUUUAUGUUAAGAAAUGGAGCUGAUAGCAAAAAGAGUUUCAAUUAAAACAUUUUGUAAUUAAGAAAAAAAUCACUAACACAAAAUGCCUUUUAAAAUAGUAUCUGCUACCUUUUUAAUACUAAUAGCAUUUUCAAUACCUUUUUACCUACCUUUUUACAUAUGUAUGUAGACUACUCUAUGCUCAGAGCUUCUAUUAGAUAGAUCAUUAAAUGUAACUCUAUUUUACUGGCUAAUUGGAUAUUUUUAUAUUGGCAUUUAGUUAAUUACCUUUAGAAAAUGGAGCGCUCACGCACAAAAAUGUCAUUUAAGUGGCCAUGUUUUAGUUGUAAAAGAGGUUUGAUAUGAAGAAUGAGGGAAGAUUGAUUGACUGAAAUAAAGGAUGUGCUGAGAUAUUCAGUCUAAGGCCAGUAUCUCCCUUACGCGCACUAUCGACUAUCGCUCUAUUCAGAGUUUCUAGUGGCUUAACUGGUCCAAUGUCUGGACACAUUAAAAUUCCCGGAAACUUUAAUUUCGUCGAUGUCAACUUGAAUCACUAUUUACCUAGAUUUCCUCAGCACUUUCUUCACUCACAUGCCCUGAUGGAAGGAAAGAAGGCCCAACAGACACGGACGGUUCGAAGCUUAACUGUAGGUUCAAUGAAGGUGCCGCCUUUUGAGAAACGUCUAUCAAUCUCAAAUUGAGCCUAACAGACUGUUGUUGGGUAUUCCAUAUAGUGAUGCUUGCGAUUAGUCAAGUAGUAAAU